AUGACUCCCUCGCACUUCCGAGUGUUCACGCGAGCUGAGGGAGGGGGCCUUUCCGCACACGUCGCAUUUAUGAGGGCGUUCUCCCGUGUGGAUGCGCUUGUGAAUUUUGAGGUUGCCAGACGUAACGAAAGCCCUUCCGCACACGUCGCAUUGAUGAGGGCGUUCUCCCGUGUGGAUGUGCAUGUGCCUAAUGAGAUCGCAUUGAUGAUAGAAGGCCUUUUCGCACACGUCGCAUUGAUGAGGGCGUUCUCUUGUAUGAGUGUUGAGACUGAGUGGAAGCCUUUCUGCACACAUCGCAUUGAUGAGGGCUAUCUCUCUUGUGGGUUGCGAGAAGUAAUGAACGCCUUUCCACACACGGUACAGGGAUGUGGUCGCUCUCCCGUGGACCUGCGCUUCCGACGGCCGCCUGACGGGGGAAGGGCUGCUCUCGCGCGGGCGACGCCGCCCCCGCCGUCGCUCACCGCUUAUCUGCUUCGGCUGCUGUUCAUCAGCCAGGAUGCGUUCAGACUAAAGCUCGCCGCACGAGAGCAGCGAGGCAGCGGCGAGGCAGACUCCCCUCCCCCACAGGCGCCGGAGCGGGGCGUCGCCGACGAGGCAUUUUAA